CCCAGGCUUAGCAAGAAACAUUUCUAGUUAUGUGGAGAUUGUUUAAUGAUAUAGACACUUAGCGCGGUAGCCCAAGACGUCAGACUGUUGGUAGCUUCGUCUUAGUCGGGUGUCCGUAAACCGGAACCAGGAACCCGGAGACAACGACCGCUUUAUUGUGUACUGCCUUACGACUCUGCACACAUACUAUUUUAUAAGGGCGUAAGGGCUGAGCGCUAAGUCGUCUCUGUCGGCUUGUCGACGAGGAUCCUGCGAGGACGGGAUGGCUUGCGCCGCCGACGCCUGUGUGCCAGCGCCCGAAGAUGAUUAUAAAGCGCUGGAUAACGCAUGUCAAUUAUGUGGAGACAAGCUUCGCCAUCUGUACCCAGGCAGGUGUCGGACCAUGCCUGGCGCAGACUCUCAAAAAGGGUGGAAGGGGCAACCAAGGGCCUUCUCAAUGCCACGAUACAUGGCGAGGGCAGUAAGCAGUCAGCCUCUGUGCUAUUGUGGACAUUUCUGUGCACCACAUGCACCGAUGGCUCGCUGUCUUUCUUCUUGCUUUGGCUCCCUAAUCCAAUUACAGGCUUUACGGCGAGCAUCUGCGAACGGUGUAACGCGAACACAGCAAAACACAAAGGGCUGUCAGCUGCUAACCUGAGCUCUGGAAGCCGGAAGCGGCUUGCCCCUGAGGACGCCGAUGAUGGCGGCAUAUCUCCCGACGCGUACGGUUUCAUGGCCUUACGUCGGUCAGUCACAACCGCCCUUGAAGGAGACGGCACCUCACCUGCGUUAGUAGGACGGCGCGGUGCCUCUAGUGACGGCAGCCAUGCACGUGCGUUCCAGCGUUCGCAGUCCACUGGCGUCCUUACCACCUGGGAUUCCGAGGCCCCGGGAAAGGUCCCAGGGCCUGUCGCCUACGGCAAAGGCACAGUUGAGGGUGCAUCCUUGGUUUUGAGCCAGUAUCGGUGCGAUGACGGAAAGCAUCAGCAGCGGGCGCAGCAGCUCUGGGAGCAGCAAGAGGACUUGCAGCCGCAACAGGACGACGAUGGGGGGCUGCUUGCAGUUCCGGUCAUUCAGCCCGAGCCCGACUCUGAUGCGGAGCUAGAAGAUCAGCUUUUGAACAGCAACGCGGAACGCAUAGCGGCUAAUGCUGAGUCUUUCAUUGCUCCUGCUCGCCGCGAUGGCGGCGCUGCUGCUGCCGCCGCUGUCACGGCAGUGGCCGCUCUGUCACAGAAGGUCUGGGAUCAGCCGUACGACGACUUCCUUUCUGGCCAGAGGUUUACCUUUGGCGCCGUGGAAGAUGGCUUUUUCGAGACGGAUGUGAUCAGCUUGGGUAGCGCCAGUGAAGAGAGCGACGGAGGGUCGGGAGCCGAGGAGGACGAUACGGGCGACGAUGCAGUUGGCGGCGAGAGUGGCCCGGAAAGCCCCCUUCACGGCGGGAGCGCCGCCGGUAGUGGGCGAGGUGACCGGGGCGCAACCCAUGGCAUUAGCGUGGAGGCACCGCCACAGGUGUUUACGCAAAGGGCAACCCCCAGCACCGGCGUAACUGAGCCCGGAACAGCGGUGAUGGUCUCUGUUGCUGGAAGCAGCGGCGCCUGCACCGCGGUGGUGGCUGCGGUCGAGGCCGCUGCGCCGCUGCCAGCACCCAUUGAUGCCGUGCAUGGCCCGCCUGGCCUUGGACAAUUCCCAGAUCCGCUGCCUUCACCUCAGGUCCCAACAGCCAUGGAUCGGGUCGACGACGAGAGGGGCGACAUUCAGCAUGUUGCCCGUGAGCAUGACGAGGCUGCGCUCCUGCCGCCUCGGAGCUACAGUGCCGACGAGUCCGUUGGGAGCGGCGGUGUUGGUGACGGCAGGGCGGGCGGUCUCGCUAGCGGAGGUGGCAGCAACUGCGCUUCUGCUGCCAUGUCUCGGAUCUCCCACGCUGCAUUCAACGGGGCUGCAUAUCCUGGUGAAGGAGCCGAGGCGAUGCACCUGGCGGGUAGCUUAGGCGCCGCUGGCGCUGCCGUGACAGCUUUCAUGGCCGCUGCUGCGGCUGCGGAGGCUGCAGCCAUCGCAGCCACUGCAGCUGCAGCUGCUAGUGCAGCCUUCGCGGCUGCUCCUGUCUUUCCUCAGGAGCGGCUUCACCUCGGCAACGUAAACCCGCUGGUCCUGCCGCAGACGGCAGCAGCUGUUCCGCUUUGGUUGCCGCAGACGGCGGCGGUGGCUCCGCUUUUGCUGCCGCAGACGGCGGUGGUGCCGCCGCCGUCGGUGAUGCCGGCGGAGCCCUCACCGCCGACCCUCCAUCCCCGCGCUUUCCUGCCUAGCCUGCUCCCGCCUGAGACCUAUCUGGGAUUCGUGAACCAGCUUGUUGCGUCCGUUCGUACGGCGGCACGGGUUGCCGCUGAGGCAUGUGGUCAGCGGCAGCAAUGCUACCCUGCAGCCGCUCACGAGCAUGUCGUGCCCACGUUUGGCGGCUGCAUGGGCGGCAUGGACGGCGAGGGCGGUGGCCGUGUCACGGGUUUGUGAGCUGCUGUGGGACGCUUUUGCGAUGGCGUCUAGCGUGCCGGCAGGUGGGGUACAUGCGGGACUUGGGCUUGUGUGUCACAAGCGCACAUGCUUUCUUGCGGUACUUGGAAAUGCGCGUGUGAGUACAUGAGGGAAUGCCAUGUGCUACAGGCAGGGUAAGAACACUAAGAAGUAGGGCAUGGCGACGGCGCUGUUAUCCGGUUCCACGCCGUGGUAUUGACAGUACAGCACGGCUUGGAUGGCUCGGCAAGUUUCCUAUGUGGCAGGGGCGCAGGGUACGGGAGGGUGAAGGUGCAUGAAGGGAGUAGCCGUUCGUUUGUCUGGCUUUUUAAUAAUAAAGUAAGAGGUGAUUGUUAAACGUACAAUGCACAUGUCUGGAAGCCUCCAACGGGGUAAGAUGCGUUGUUUGGAACAGCCGUGUCAAGUAAUGUGGACUUGCUUGCGUACUGUGCGAGACUGGCGAGAGUAAUAAAACUAAUAACGUGACCCGCAUGGCACUACGUAUCCUCGGUGAAAGAGCAAAGAAUAAGCCCAGGCUCUUCAAUACUUGACUGUAUCUUAAGAGACGCAGAAUGCUUGAAAGGACCGUUAGAAGGAUUGAUGUGUACCGUUAUGAAGUGUACAAUGAGUACGGGCAACUUUAGGUAUUGCUGCUGCUUGGAUUAGCUGGCAUUUCAUGAGGUAGAAGACAAAUGCGUUGGCGCAACAUGUGUCAAACCACACUAUGUAUUGUCAGAAGCCGGCGGACGGAACAGUGUCCUGCAGGUGUGGCCCAACGGUACCUCUCCUACCUUGGGUUUUAUUUCCGUGUUUUUCUUCAUUGUAAACUGGAAGACCGUAACCAAUUUGGUUAUGGUUUAGUUGUGGCUGGUGCGAGAAGUCUGGCGCAGGAGUGGCGCGUGCCAUCGUUGCGCCAUCCACGUUGCCCUCGUGUAGUCCUGUUGGUGGGAAUAGAUCCUAUGGCAAGAGCGGUCGGACGUCAUUUAUCCGGUUUCGUAAGUCUUGGCCCUAGGCCCUUUCAUUUCACUUUCGAUCCUGUCCUAUGCUGCUCCACCUCAGCAGUAACGCGCAGGGCAAGCGCAGACACGACCCCAAGCAUUUAGGGGCGCAACUGUCGCCCGCGUGGAUAACUAUGGAUGUUUUGAAGAGGUAAAUGGCUGGUAGCAGGGUAUGAUUCGAGUUAUGCUAGCAACAUGUUGGUCCGUCUCUCUUGGUUGUUAUGAUUUGUUUUGUUUCAAAGUCCUUCACGGCAGCCUUCAUGACAGCUACCGUCGUUUUUUCUGCUGCCCUUUGGCUUAGGGGGCCGCUUUCGAGGCGACAAGGAAGCAUGUAUUUUCUGCAAGAGUAAGCUUUGGGCAGUUGGGUUUGAGGUGGUACAUUACCGGUACCGGUAGCCCUUGGGAUAUGCAUAUCUCACCGUACACCUAGUUGGCGCGAUUGGUUUUGGUAAUUUUGACUAUGUGAGCGUCACACAGCUGGCAGUGCCAUUGGGAGCAACACGUACUGUACACGCGUACAGGCCGUUUAUGUAACU